AUUCCUUGGCAAUGGUUAGCUAGAUUAAUAGCUACUGGAGAUGUAGAAUUACAUUCAGCACGCCUUUUUUAUGACUGACAUAUCUCCCAAGUAAGAUUUUGUUGGGGAGGUGCCUAGUAAAUGUAGUCCCCUAGGGUUAAUGGUGAAUGAGGCAUCGAGGACACUGGUUAGCAACUGUUUUUUACUGGAAAAUUGGUGGGGGGAGAGAAAAUUGGCGUUAUAAAGCCGGAAAGCAGAAGGAAGGUGUGUUUGUUUGGUGGGUUGGAGGGCCCAGGCAUGGCUUGGCAGCUACAAAUAAGCCCCCCUCCUUGCUCGCUUCUCAGCAGCCUUUGCCUCUCCUCCAAUCCAUCCCAACCUUUCUGAUCUCUGUCUGCCUCCCGAACCAGAAACCUUGGACUGCUAGUGUUUCAUCCUUGUUUGAGUGAAGUCGAAAUUGCACUGAAUAAUUAAGCAAGCGACUCUGCUUUUGGAUUCAAAGAUGUCGUUGGCCGUCAUGCGAAGAUCCCCUGCUAAUGCCUCAUUCUUGGCUGACCGAUGCAUCAGCGACGGCGACCGCCCUGAUCCUCCGGAGAGCGACGAGGAGCAGGCCGGGCAAAUGGACGUGUGGAGCGCCAUCCAGUGUCAGAAGGCCGGGGCCGCUCCUUAUGUUCAUCCUCUGAUGCGGAGGUCCUCGAGCUCGUUGAGCCAGAAGAGCCUCGAGAUUUGCACAGAGAGUCUCGGUUCGGAGACGGGGUCCGACGACUUCUCCUCCUUCAUGGACGACGACGAUCUCGUCCGCAAGUUUGGAGAUGAUGAGAAAGAAGAGGAACUGGAGGAUGUCUCCGUGGCUGCCGCCGUAGCGAGGGAGCGCCCCCGAGGGAAGGAAUUGACGUCGGUGAACUACCAUUGCUCCGUCAGCAGGCGAUCGCCGGUGAGGUCGUUCCCUCCGCCGCUCCCGUCCCUCUCUCGGCGCGAUGGACGGUGCAUCCACAUGCGUCCUCAUCGCCGCGACGGCCGCCUCGUAGUUGAGGCUGUCUCUGUUCCUUCGCAGAACUACCUUCAUGCCCAGCGCGUGGAUGGCCGCCUCCUUCUCUCCUUCAUCGAGGCUACCUACGGAGACGAGCUUGGUUAUGAUGAAACUAAUGAUGCGUCCGAGGCCAGCACCGGUAGCACUCUGCCCCCAAAACAGGAAGAUAUGACACAAUUAGAAGAAGAUGUCAACGGUAGCCAAAUAACAGAAGAGGAAGAGAGAGAAUUAGAUGAGGAGAAAUACUUCGAAGAAGAAGAAGAAGAAUUAGAGAAUUGCUACGAAGAAGAGGAGGAAGAGGAGGAAGUGGAAGUGGUGGACAGAGGAACCGUGGUGGAAGUGAAGGUGAGCACACAGCCCCAGCAACAGAGCGGCUCCAUGAAAAUUCACCGCUCCUCUCUCGUCAUCAACAAGUUCGUCGGCGGCAUGCCGCAGAGUGACUCCAGUACUGAUUGCGUUCAAACUAGGGAGGAGGUUGACAAAACGAGCUGCAACGGAAGCAAACACAAGAAUACUGUCGCAUCGACGCCCUCACCUAGGAGACUAUCACUGUCGACCACCUCCGCUGCGGCAGCGGCUGCAGCGGCGGCGGCGGCAUCCACGCUCGGCAGCUACAGCGGGCUAUGGUCGUCACCCCUCCGCGAGGACCACGCAUCGACCCUGGACACCAAGCUGCUCUUCACCUCCAAGCGGCGGAACAGCGAAGAGUUGCUGCACGACAUGAGGAGGUGUAGCCAGCUCCGUCGCCAAUUGUUCAUUCGGGAGCCAUGGUGCAUUGCGACUUCUUCUUGACGAAGCGAACCGAGCCUAGCUCACACGGAUCCAUCUUAUCCUUUCGACUGUUUGACCCAAUGCUCCCCUCUACUACGACUCUAUUGCAACUAAUACUCAGAAAUCUCCACUGUUUGGUUUGCUUCCCCCAUUGUAGCUAUUCUUCUGUGUCUUUUUUUUUUUUUUUUUUUUUUUCAACCGUGUCCUUUUUUUCCACUGAAUGAUUCGAUUUUUAUAAUAUGAUGAUUGGACUGCU